CCUCCCUCGCCCAGAUACAGUAUCCUAAAGGCGCCAGAUACGCUAGGUGAAUUACCAACGGCGCCCGAUACGCUAGGUAAUUUACCAACGGCGCCCGAUACGCUAGUCUUGCUGCUUCCUGUGCCACCUCCCUUGAGGCUCAUAUAAGGACCUUCACAACCAUGGAGCAAGGGCAUUACCAGGAUGCAGAGGGAAUUUGCUUCAGUGAUGGUCAACCAUUAAUAAUGGGCUGUGUGUGGACUAUGCAACAGCCUGAUGCUAUUCUGCCUGGGAAUCUUCCUCACCCUCCUCAGCAACAUGAACCCUGCGAAGUAGUGCCUUCCCACUGUCUGGGCUUCAGCCCAGUUGCAGGUCUUCUAGAAAAUAAUUCCCACAGCUCAAUCUCGCUCCCAUGGGUUGCAGCGGGAGACAUGCACCGUGGCAUGAUGCCUGGUGAAUUACAUAAUGCUAUAGCCGAAAUUGGACCCUCCGAUUCUCAGGAUGCUCAGCAAUGUCAGACAGAACAUACAAACUCACCAAAUAAUUUGACAAAGCAGGCGGUUUGUCCUCUGUAUUCUGAGACCAGUAUCAACCAAGGGGAACGGAAGUCGGAAGCCACAGGUGCCCGGAUUAAUGCGACCAUGCGGGACUCAAAGUCCAAGAAGCCCUGCAACUGUACCAAGUCACAAUGCCUGAAACGCUACUGUGACUGCUUUGCCAACGGAGAGGUUUGCAGCAACUGCAAUUGUGUCAACUGCUGCAAUAAUGCUGAGCAUUACAUAGAGCGGCAUACUGCAAUCUUGAACUGCCUUGAUCGUAACCCAGAGGCUUUCAAGUUCAAUAUUGUCAGUAGGCAAUCAGGGGAGGUCAAAGGUAACCAGAAUAAGGACUGCAACUGCAAACAGUCCAGUUGCCUAAAGAACUACUGCGAGUGCUAUAAGGCCAAGAUGAUGUGCUCAUCUACCUGUAAGUGUGUGGGCUGUCUGAACUCUGGGGAUGAUUCUGAGGUGAAGACCCGGGUUCGUGGCAGAACAGAAAUCAGCUCCAAUAACAGGAUGCAAAAGGAAACGUGCCUUCCGUCGCUGAUAACUUUGGCUGUGGUGGCGGACACCCGUGACUGCCUGCUAGCCCAGGCCGCACAGGCAGAGAGGGAGGGCUGUUGCUAUGUCCUGGCCCAGAGGAUGAUACUCCAAGAGUUUGGCCGCUGUCUCACAAAGAUUGUGGAAUCUGUUUAAUAUUUAUUUUCAUAUUUAACACAUUGUUAAUUGUUUAACUAACAAAACACACACACACAUAAAGUUUAUAACAAAUAUUUUGUGAUUUAGUCAACACAAAUAAAUUAAUGUUAUGGAAAUAAACAGGUAAAACAAAGUUACAAGGU